AUGCAAACAUUGAUUGCUUGUCUCUGUCUUUUGAUUCUUAGUUUUGUUUCACCAUGUUUAUGUGGAAUGUGGAUUGUUGGAACUGAAAACAGAACUUAUAAUGUGAUAGACUAUGGUGCUCAUGGUGAUGGCAAAUCUGAUGAUUCUGAGGCUUUUGUAAGUGCAUGGAAUGCUACGUGUGGAGCAGAAGAAGCAUCAACUCUUCUUAUACCACCAAAUGGAAAAUUCUUGGUAAAAGUCAUAAACUUUAGAGGCCCUUGCAAUGCCACAAGUGUUAAUAUUCAGCUUCAAGGGAGAAUAGUUGCACCAGCCAUGGAUGAAUGGCCAAGAGGUCUCACUAAUAAUGAAAUCACCAAUUUGAUUGUAAUAUCAAACGUUAGUAGUCUCUCAAUUAAUGGAAGUGGAGGAUCAAUCGAUGGCUAUGGUUCUUCUUGGUGGCAAUGCACGAAUUGUUAUAGACCAACGAUUCUUAGAUUCAGAUAUUGUAGUGAUCUUACUGUUUUUAAUCUUAACAUCACCAACAGUCCAAAAGCUCACAUAAGGGUCAAUGGAUGUGAGAAUGCCACAUUCUCCAAUAUCACCAUUCAUUCUCCUGGUGACAGCCCCAACACUGAUGGAUUUGACAUUUAUACUUCAAAAAAUAUCUUGAUUCAAAAUUCCACUAUAGCAUGUGGUGAUGAUUGUAUUGCCAUCAGUGGUGGUUCUUCCUACAUUAAUGCCACUGGAAUUGCUUGUGGACCAGGCCAUGGAAUAAGCAUUGGCAGCCUGGGAAGAAACCAAGCUUAUGAUACAGUGGAAGAAGUUUAUGUAAAAAAUUGCAGCUUCACCAACACUGAAAAUGGAGCAAGAAUCAAGACAGUCCCGGGUGGAUCAGGUUAUGCCAGAAACAUCACUUUUGAGAACAUAACAUUAACACAGGCUCGCAACCCUAUAAUCAUAGACCAGUACUAUGACAGAAAAUAUUUAACGAAUGCAUCAGUGAAGGUGAGUGAUGUGACAUUCAGUAGAUUUAAUGGAACAUCUGAGAAGGAGCUAGCUAUUACCUUGAACUGUUCCUCAUCAGGUUGUUUCAACAUUGCAUUGGAUCAUAUCAACAUUGUUUCUGCUCAACCAGAAAAACCAGUUUCUUGUUUUUGUAACAAUGCUCAUGGAACAGCUACAAGCACUGAAGAAUAA